AUGGCCUGCUGCUCUACUAGCUUCUGUGGCUUUCCCACCUGCUCCACUGGUGGCACCUGUGGCUCCAGCUGCUGCCAGCCCAGCUGUUGUGAGACCAGCUGCUUCCAGCCAAGCUGCUGCGAGACAGGCUCUGGCAUCGGGGGUGGCAUUGGCUAUGGCCAGGGGAGUGGCAGUGGAGCCGUGAACUGCCGUGUUAGAUGGUGCCGCCCUGACUGCCGUGUGGAGGGCACCUCCCUGCCCCCCUGCUGUGUGGCAAGCUGUAUACCCCCAACCUGCUGCCAGCUGCACCACGCCCAGGCCUCCUGCUGCCGCCCAUCCUACUGUGGACAGUCCUGCUGCCGCCCAGCCUGCUGCUGCCACUGCUGCCAGCCCAGCUGCUCCGAGCCCAGCUGUUGAAAGCCUUCUGACAAGAAUCUUAGGAAGAUGACGCUUCAAAAUGAUCCAACUAGAACCCUAAAAAAGUCUUCUAAAUUUCAGAAUUGAUAACUCAGCUAUUGUUACAGCUACGUAAUUUCGCAGGAGGUAAAUUCAUUUGGGGUAGAAGAGCCAACUUUGUUGACUUGAACUCCAACAAAAGGCCCAUGCUGUGGAGAGGGAUGGGUAAAACAUUACUAUAAAUUUUACCAGAACUACUUCAAUAGCCAACUGGGAUUUGUAUUUAAUAAAAUGCAUUUGGUCUCUU